AUGACGUCGCUGUUUAUGAGAUGUUGUGAAAUUAUGUCCUUGGGUGAACGUGCUCUACUUCAAUGGUGUCUGUUGACUAACACCGAUAUGUUGAGUGGCUUGCAAGAGUUGGAAGAAACUGCCACACACUUGGACAGUGUAUAUCCUGUAUACAAUGCUCUCUUUGCUUUUCCAACGUUGAAAUCCAUGGGAUUGGCUGAGAAGAAUACCGAAUUGGAUCCUCAAACUAAAGUAAAUUACCUAUGUGGCAACUCUCUUGGUCUCAUGCCCUUACAGACAAGAGAGUAUGUGAAUAGAGAACUAGACGCAUGGUCUGCUAGAGGCGUUGAAUCACAUUUCAGGAAUGAAAUCACAACCGAUUGGGUAGAUGUCGAUUUACCGCUAGUACCUAAAUUGGCCAAGCUAGUUGGUGCAAAUGAAAAUGAAGUGGCAAUUAUGGGAACUUUGACUAUGGAUUUGAAUUCCUUAUUGAUAAGCUUCUACAACCCCGAUGUUGCUAGUGGUAGAACCAAAAUUCUAUUUGAGAAAGGUGCAUUCCCAUCUGAUUACUAUGCAUUGUAUAAUUUGGCUAAAUUGAAAGGUCUUGAUCCGUCUAAGACACUUGUUCAGCUCUCGCCAGAAGACGGAGAAUAUCAUUUGUCUACAGAACAAAUUUUGCAGUAUUUGGAUAAGGAAGGUGAUAAAGUCGCCCUUGUAUGUUUUUCAGGUAUCCAAUAUUAUAGUGGACAAUACUUCCAAAUCAAGGAGAUUACUGCCAAAGGCCACGAGAAAGGAUGUAUUGUUGGUUGGGAUUUGGCACAUGCCGCUGGUAACGCUGAUCUUAAGCUACAUGAGUGGGAUGUCGAUUUCGCUGCAUGGUGUAGUUACAAAUAUUUGAAUUCCGGACCCGGCGGAAUUGGUGGGAUAUUUGUCAAUGAGAAACAUUCUCAUGGAGACGGUGUCAAUGGUAAGGCUAGGUUGGCAGGAUGGUGGGGAAACGAUGCUGGUAGCAGGUUCCAAAUGCUAGAGAAAUUCAAUCCAAUUGAAAGUGCCUUGGGCUUCAGGCAAAGUAACCCAAGUGUAAUCGAUUGCGCUGCACUGAAUUCUUCGUUGGACAUUUUUGCCAAAGCCGGUGGUAUUGGCGAGUUACGAGCAAAAUCUAUUGAGUUAACUAACUUCUUGGAGAAAUGUUUGAAAACUAGUAGGUAUUACAAGAGUAUCUCCGAGUCAAAUAGAAUCGGCAACAGCGAAACCCACUUUAUUAUUAUCACUCCAGGUGAUCCACUACAGCGUGGAGCACAGCUCAGUCUGCUCUUUAAGGGGCCAACUAGUGACGUUAUGAUGGCGGUGUUCAAGUACAUGAACGAGAGAGGAACCAUCUGUGACGAGAGACGUCCCAACGUCAUCAGACUAGCACCAACACCCCUUUACAACACUUUCAAAGACUGUCUUGUUUGUGCUGUUCUUCUAGAAGAGGCAAUGUCCCAACUAUAA